AAUAUCCCACAUCAAUUAUCAACGUCAAGAGUGAAAAAUAAGUACUUUCGACAAAUGGAAAUUAUUUUCUCAUUCAUUGUUGUUUUGUAAUGGAAUAUGAGAGUAACUAGUUAUUAUUACGUAUUGAGGAUUGCGCAUCAUUCUUGUUUUAUGGUGAUUUAAGAAUUCGUGUUUUCGGGCGCAUUUAUUUGUAAUGAUUGCGCAAAAUAUUAAUAGCUGAUGACGUUAUACAAAUGUAGCACAAGAACGUUUUAUAGCAUAAACAGCAUAACAUCAUUUGUGUUUAUGUGAAGACAGAGGUACUGCUAAUAUUUACAGUAAUCGAUUGAUCAAGUGUAACAUAUUGGUGAAAAUUGUACAAAUAUGGCUCAACCAAUUUAUAAUCCUCCUAUGCCAUUUCUUGGCCCCAUUGGAGGAGGGUUUUCCCCAGGAAAAAUGAUUCGAAUUCAGGGAAUUGCACCAUCUUCCGGAGAUAGGUUUGAUAUUAAUUUGCAAUGUGGAUCUAGUAUUGACCCGAGGAGUGACAUUGCUCUUCAUUUAUCCGUUAGGAUAUUGGAGGGCUAUAUACCACGAAAUAAUUUUAAAGAUAAUAUGUGGGGAGAUGAAGAGUCAGAUGGAACUUGUCCAAUUGGUGCUGGUGAACACUUUGAAAUCAUAAUCUUAUCAGAUGACAAUCAGUAUAAAAUUGCAGUAAAUGGCCAGCAUUAUACAACUUUUGCCCACAGAUUACCCAACAGUUUGGUAUCUCAUUUAGACAUUGAAGGGCCUGUUCAAAUAACAUUAAUUUCAUUUGAAAGUACUGAAGCUUCACAUUUCACUCAGUCUGCCAGCUCUAAUGAUGCUGCAUAUAGUGCACCACCUCAACAGUAUGGCCCUCCUCCACAACAAUAUGGACCACCACCUCAGGGAGGGUAUUACCCUUCCGGUCCUUAUGGACCCUCACCGUAUGGCCCCACUGCACCACCUGGCUAUAAGGAAGAAUCUGGUUUUGAAAGUUUUCUAGAAACUGCAGGAUCUGCCAUUGCAGGAGCAUUGAGUGCAGGGGUAGCUGAUAAACUUCUGGGAAGUAUAACUGGUGCACAUUCACAACCUCAGCAGCCCCCGCCCCCUCCUCCUCCACAACAAAAUUACCAGUAUGGAGGUCAGGGAUCCAUUGGAGGCUUAGGGGGUGUAGGAUCAUUGCUGUCAUCUCUUGCCAGCGAAGUAUUAUCCCCUUCUAAUAAGCGACAAGGAAAUUAUUAGAAUUAUUACAACGUAAGUAUAAACACAAAGUAAGUUACUCUGAAGCCGUACUACUAUGCAAACUAUCUAACCAUUUAUUAAUAAUGUAAUAAUUUAUUGUAAUUUUGUGUAAUUCAUGCUAAAGUAGUUUUGGAUUGUGUCUUAUGUUUCUUAAGUAUGUUCAUUUGUAUCUACUUGGCAUUCUUGUUAGUCUUUUAAUGUCUAUUAAAGCACUUUGCACUUGUAUUUAGAUAUAUGAAGAAACUUUCAACUUUAGGCAGUGUAUAAUUUUUGUCGAAGUCAUGUCACUUUAUUUUGCUUUUACAUUCUAUUUUUUCUAUACAAUAUAGCAGUGCCUUGAUAGAAAAACAAUGCUUACAGGUGGCUUAUAGUCAAAUGCGUACAAAACAAAUGAUUGUAUAUAAUUUUUUUCUCAUAGUAGUAUUUUUGUAUUUUACUUAUUUAUUAUUACUGAAAAAUAAUUGAUGUUGUAAAAUGUAAGAUUCUAUUAUCUCUACGUAUGUAUACCUUGUUAAAAAAGUUUCUGUUAGUAAAGGCGUUGAAAAGUUA